CGCCGCGGCGCGGUGAUAUGACGACACUUCCGGCAUGUGAAACCGCCCUAUCUACUGCACUAUGAACUAAGGGUAAGAGUGUAAUUAGCUCUCACUGUCACUGUCUGUCUGUAAACACGUGGGUACACAGAGCCAUAGGACAUCAGCCUUAUAUAUAUAUACUGUGUAUGGGGGGAUAUAUAUAUACUGUGUAUACACUGUGUAUGGGGGGGAAUAUAUAUAUACUGUAUAUACACUGUGUAUGGGGGAUAUAUAUAUAUACUGUAUAUACACUGUGUAUGGGGGGGAAUAUAUAUAUACUGUAUAUACACUGUGUAUGGGGGAUAUAUAUAUACUGUAUAUACACUGUGUAUGGGGGGGAUAUAUAUAUACUGUAUAUACACUGUGUAUGGGGGGGAAUAUAUAUAUACUGUAUAUACACUGUGUAUGGGGGGAUAUAUAUAUACUGUAUAUACACUGUGUAUGGGGGGAUAUAUAUAUACUGUAUAUACACUGUGUAUGGGGGAUAUAUAUAUACUGUAUAUACACUGUGUAUGGGGGGAUAUAUAUAUACUGUAUAUACACUGUGUAUGGGGGGAUAUAUAUAUACUGUAUAUACACUGUGUAUGGGGGGGAAUAUAUAUAUACUGUAUAUACACUGUGUAUGGGGGAUAUAUAUAUACUGUAUAUACACUGUGUAUGGGGGGAAUAUAUAUAUACUGUAUAUACACUGUGUAUGGGGGAAUAUAUAUAUACUGUAUAUACACUGUGUAUGGGGGGAAUAUAUAUAUAUACUGUAUAUACACUGUAUAUGGGGGAAUAUAUAUAUACUGUAUAUACACUGUGUAUGGGGGGGAUAUAUAUAUACUGUAUAUACACUGUGUAUGGGGGAAUAUAUAUAUACUGUAUAUACACUGUGUAUGGGGGAAUAUAUAUAUAUACUGUAUAUACACUGUGUAUGGGGGGAUAUAUAUAUAUAUACUGUAUAUACACUGUGUAUGGGGGAAUAUAUAUAUACUGUAUAUACACUGUGUAUGGGGGGGGAUAUAUAUAUACUGUAUAUACACUGUGUAUGGGGGAAUAUAUAUAUACUGUAUAUACACUGUGUAUGGGGGAAUAUAUACUGUAUAUACACUGUGUAUGGGGGGGAUAUAUAUAUACUGUAUAUACACUGUGUAUGGGGGAAUAUAUAUAUACUGUAUAUACACUGUGUAUGGGGGAAUAUAUAUAUACUGUAUAUACACUGUGUAUGGGGGAAUAUAUAUAUACUGUAUAUACACUGUGUAUGGGGGGAAUAUAUAUAUACUGUAUAUACACUGUGUAUGGGGGAAUAUAUAUAUACUGUAUAUACACUGUGUAUGGGGGGAAUAUAUAUAUAUACUGUAUAUACACUGUAUAUGGGGGAAUAUAUAUAUACUGUAUAUACACUGUGUAUGGGGGGGAUAUAUAUAUACUGUAUAUACACUGUGUAUGGGGGAAUAUAUAUAUACUGUAUAUACACUGUGUAUGGGGGAAUAUAUAUAUAUACUGUAUAUACACUGUGUAUGGGGGGAUAUAUAUAUAUAUACUGUAUAUACACUGUGUAUGGGGGAAUAUAUAUAUACUGUAUAUACACUGUGUAUGGGGGGGGAUAUAUAUAUACUGUAUAUACACUGUGUAUGGGGGAAUAUAUAUAUACUGUAUAUACACUGUGUAUGGGGGAAUAUAUACUGUAUAUACACUGUGUAUGGGGGGGAUAUAUAUAUACUGUAUAUACACUGUGUAUGGGGGAAUAUAUAUAUACUGUAUAUACACUGUGUAUGGGGGAAUAUAUAUAUACUGUAUAUACACUGUGUAUGGGGGGAAUAUAUAUAUACUGUAUAUACACUGUGUAUGGGGGAAUAUAUAUAUACUGUAUAUACACUGUGUAUGGGGGGAAUAUAUAUAUAUACUGUAUAUACACUGUGUAUGGGGGGGGGAUAUAUAUGGGGAAUAUAUAUAUACUGUAUAUACACUGUGUAUGGGGGGGGGAUAUAUAUAUAUACUGUAUAUAUACUGUGUAUAGGGGGAUACAUAGCUUGACCUAGCUAUAGCUCUAUAAACAGCAGUGGGGGAAUGUUAUACAUGGUCCUCUUUCUAGCUGCCAACAUUUCUAUGGAUAAAGAGACACUCUCAUUGUAUGGGUGUGAGUGGGGGUAGGGCAAAGAGUGGGGAGUGGGGCUGAUUUUAAGUUGAUUUAAGUAAUCAUUUAUGCAACUAAAAUGUGAUUUAGAAGAAGAACAAUGUAUCCUAUUUACACAGACCGAUUUCUAAACACAUUUAUUGUAAUUUACAGACACAUUACUGGGAGAAUUAUUGCUGUGGAGCUCUGUUAUACACAUAGGCACAUUACUGGGAGUAUUAUUGCUGUGGAGCUCUGUUAUACAUUCAGACACAAUACUGGGAGUAUUACUGCUGUGGAGCUCUGUUAUACACUCAGACACAUUACUGGGAAUAUUAUUGCUGUUGAGCUCUGUUAUACACUCAGACACAUUACUGGGAG